AUGGUGUACUUUCGCCUGUGUACCAUAUCUGAUAGCGCUGCUUCGUCUGCCAAAGUGUCAGGCACGACAAUCGGUGAAGUACAAAUCUUGUUUGGUGACUUAUUGGCUAGGGGUAAUGAGAGCGACCCAGAAAUAUCGCUUCAGAUCCAGUCGCCAGGCCAGUCUUUACAACAAGGAGAACUAAUGCUCAAAGUGUUGCGUGUAAAUGAAAAGAAGUCGAUGGCUCAUCCAAGCAAGGAGGAAGGAAUAUCCGAGGUAAACAGUGGUAUCACGAUUCUGGCUACUUGGCUGAUCAGGAGCUCAGACAAGUCAUUGUCACGCGUGACACUGGCUGAGGAUUCCUGGACUCGCUUUGAGAAAACAAAUGGCCUCGAGGAUCUCGACAAAUCUAUCAAUUAUGGACGCCAAGCUCUGGAUUCUUGCCCUAGACAUCACCAUUACGAUAGGGUCCUGGGGAACCUCGCGAUAGCUCUCCACCAUCGCUUUACACGACAAAUUGAUAUAAAAGAUCUCAACGAAGCUAUCGUACACUACAAGCUUUUCCUCGAAAAAAAUUCUCCAGAACAUUGCAGGUACUCACUGGUGCUAGUAAACCUCGCCAUUGCCCUUCAGACUCGUUUCGACGUACGAGGCAGUCUACCAGAUCUCAAUUUGGCCAUCGAGUAUUAUGAAGGUGUUCUAAAGAUUCGUCCUCUUGGGCAUCGUGGUCAUGUGGAUUCGCUGCUGGAUCUUGCAACGGCUCUUAGCACACGCUUCAAACGAAGCUCUAACAAAUCAGAUUUGGAUCAAGCUAUCGAGCACUAUGAUAACGCACUCAAAUUGUGUGUACCGGGACAUAAUCGUCACCCUGCUGCUCUCAUGGCCUUUUCCAAUUCUCUUUUGAGUCGAUUUGAAGUGGCAGGAGAUAUGCGAGACGUAGAUUUUGCUAUUUUGCACCUCAACAGUAUUCUGGAUCUACUCCCGUCAGAACAUCCCAAUCUCCCUAGUGCGCUGCUGAACGUCUCUGGAGCUCUAGUCGCUCGCUACAAGAAGCGCGGUGGUAUACAAGAUGUGGAUCAGGCCAUUGAUCACCUGAAGAGAGCAGCACUAUUGUAUCCUCCCGGACACCAUAGUCUCUCCAAUGUGCUUAUGAGCACAGGUAACGCACUUUUGAUUCGUUCUGGAAAGCAAGGCGACCAGCAAAUCGUAAAUCAAGCCAUCGAGUACUACUCAACUGCAGUAAAGCUCCGCCCUCGGGGACACCCUAACAGAUGUAAUGCCCUUUCGGGUCUUGCAACUGCGUUUCAGUCUCGUUUUGAGUUACUAGGUAACUUCCAAGAUUUGGAUUUAGCAAUCGAGCAUCAUGAGAACUCGGUAGAGUUAUAUCCACCUGGACACAUAAAUCAUCCGAGGGCUCUUAUGAAUUUAGCCAACGCUCUACAAAGUCGGUUCGAGCACCUCCGGAGUGUGCACGAUCUGGAUCAAGCCAUCGUCUACCAUAGUAAUGCGCUGGAACUUCGCCCGCUAGGACAUCCAAGUCGUUUCAAGGCACUGAUGAAUUUCGCCACUGCUCUGGAGUCUCGAUUCGACCUGCGGGGUGACAUUCGAGAUCUUGAUAGAGCCAUAGAGUAUUAUGAAUACGUAGUUGAGUCCUAUUUCGCAGAGAAUCCCAAUCGUCCCAAGGCUCUACUGAACCUUGGCAGUGCACGCGUAACUCGCUUCAAGAAACUGCGCGAUGAGGGGGAUCUCACUCGUGCCAUCAAAGAUGGUGAGGAUGCACUCCGACAUCCAUCGUUGAGCCUUCCUCUCCGCGCAUCAUUUCUUCUGCAACUCGUCGAUGCACUUCUUGCUCGCUUCGAGUUACACCAAAACGCUAUUGAUCUUCACAACGUUUUUUCACACUUGCACUCCGCUUUCAAAUGUCUACCGACGGGGCACCCGCGGCUGUAUCUUGUCUACAGGCUAUUUUCUGCCGCAUAUUUUGUGCGGUAUACAGUUACCCAUGACCUCGCCGAUCAACAACGAGCCUUUGACUACAUUAAGUCCGCAUCAACUCAUCCUUCCGCGGGCUCCCACAAGCAGCUAACCUCUUGUAUGCGUUGGAUAUCGAAAGCGGAAAGUCUCGGCCACCCAUCCGCGUUAGAGGCACAUAGUACAUCAUUGAAUAUCCUUGAUCGACACGUAAUAGCGACCUCCACGAUUACAUCGCGUUACCAGACACUCAAGUCUUUACGUCGUUCUUUCGCUGCUGAUUCUGCUUCAUGUGCAAUUCGUGCAAAUGAGAUAGAACUUGCGGUUGUAUUGCUGGAGCAAGGGAGGGCUUUGUUAUGGACGCAACUGUCAAGGUUUCGGACAUCUCUAGAUGAUCUUCAAUGUACCGGUGGUCGUGAAGCACAGUUAGCGGUUACGCUUCAGCAGCUUGGCAGAGAACUAGAAAGGGGGGGCUCCAGCUUAGGCCCACAUGGUGCUCUGGUCGAAUCGUGUUCAUCGCUGGAGGCGGGUGCUCGCCGCUAUCGAAAGCUAUCAGCGCAAUGGGAAAACACAGUUCAAGAGAUACGUCAACUUGAGGGCUACGUUCAUUUCCUUAUGCCAACUCCUUUUGACGAAUUAAAAAAGGCAGCUGACAAAGGUCCAAUCAUUAUCGUAAACAUUAGCCGGUAUCGUUGCGAUGCCAUCGUCGUGCUCGGCUCCGGGAAGCCUCAUGUUGUUCCCCUCGUUCAAAUCACUCUCGAAGAUGUUUCCCAAUUGUCACAAGAGUUUGGCGCAGCGCUGAAGAUGUCCACAGCUGCUGGCGAGGAGAAGAUAAGAGAAAACCAAAUCAUACGUGUGUUGCGACAAUUGUGGGAUCUCAUUGUGUAUCCUAUCGUCAACAAACUCAAAGCCUUGGAGGCCGAUGUCCCACUAGGUUCGCGUAUCUGGUGGUGCCCGACUUCAAAGCUUGCUUCACUUCCACUUCAUGCAGCAGGACCAUAUCGUAUGGGUGAACAGAAUUUGCCUCACCUCUUCGUUUCUUCAUACACUCCAACAUUAUCGGCACUCAUUCGGUCGAAGAAGGACAAGUCAACUGUUUCCGAGUCGAAACGUGCCUUUUUGGCAGUUGGACAAUCAAACCCCUACGGGACUAGCUGCGAGAGUGAUCUCCAGUCAGUGAGUGUUGAGCUCGAAGCUGUCCGCCGCAAGGUCGUAUCAUCGCCUAUGCAAGCGCGCUACUCACAGCUAAUCGGAGACGAAGCCACUGCUGGAGCUGUAAUGAAUGCAUUUCGCAAGCAUGGGUGGAUCCAUCUCGCAUCACAUGGGAAGCAAGACAUGUUGCAACCUUUCGAGUCUAAUUUUGCUCUUCGUGAUAAACCUCUUCGCCUUCUGGAUAUCAUACACGCCGAACUGGAGCACCCAGAAUUCGCAUUUUUGUCUGCGUGUCACACUGCCGUGGGUGACAAGGAUACACCCGAUGAGGUUAUCCAUCUUGCCGCUGGCGUGCAGUUCUCAGGGUUUCGAAGCGUUAUUGGAACAAUGUGGGCAGUAGAUGACAAGACUGUGCCCCAUGUGGUGUCCGAGUUUUAUAAUCAUCUUAUAGGUAGUAAUGUCGAUUGCACUAACGCUGCGCUAGCAUUGCACAAGGCUGCAAAAACCGUUCGGAAGUUUCAGGUUCCGCUAGACCAAAGGAUCGUCUUCAUCCAUAUUGGAGCUUAAAUUGCUAGAUUAACAACAAUAGUGGAAAAUAUGUAGAAGAUAUUAGCUCCAAUUUCCCGACAGAUAUGAUGGAUCUCAAACGCUCUACUAUAUAUAUGAAACUGGGACGUUCGACUGUCAGAAGUCACUUUAGCAAUAGACUAGGAAUUUGAUCCUAGGCAGAACUCACACCGAGUAGGCAUAUGAUAUCGAUCUAUGAUAUUACUUCAAUGGAGAUAAUAACAAUGGGAUGCAAGAGAUAUAAAACUACUACGUCUCAGUCUC